AUCAGUAAAGAAAACAGCAGCUUAAGAAAAAUAGCAACACUUGUUACUAGUGCACGGAAGUAAGAUAAGUUAUUGUUCCAAAUUAAGUUUAAAAGCCAUCUGUGCUCGACUACUGCUAAUAAGUAAUUGUUCAGAGAGGAAAGUUUCGUGUCAUUUGUCCAUUGGGUGACGUGGAUUUGACCAAAUAUAGUCGAGAAAGGAGACGCUUAAAAUUGCCAUUGGCCCUGGGACUCUCUGGUGGUUAACGUUCCAAAAUGGGUGGAAAGUGGCAUUUGAUAUGGAUUUCGGGAAUUCUGUUAGCCUUGUCUACCUACUCGGAGGCUAAGAAAUCCGAAGAAAAGCCUGAAUGGGCCAAAAAAGACGUCAGAGACUUCAAUGAUGCGGAUUUGGAACGUCUGUACGAUCAGUGGGAAGAAGAUGAUGAACCACUGCCAUUGGAUGAAUUGCCUGAACACGAUCCACGACGUCCUCAACCCUCCAUUGAUUUCUCCAAAUUGGACAUGACGAAUCCGGAGAGCAUGAUGAAAGCCACCAAGAAGGGCAAGACUCUCAUGAUGUUUGUCAAGGUCAGUGGCAAUCCAACCAGGAAAGAUACUGAGGAUAUAUCCUCGAUUUGGCAGACUGGCCUUUGGAACAACCACGUCCAAACUGAUAGGUUUCUUUUGGAAGAUGACCGGGUGAUAUUCAUGUUCAAGGAUGGUGAGAUGGCGUGGGAUGCCAAGGAUUUUCUGAUAAAUGAAGAAAGGUGCGAGGAUGUUCAACUGGAACAAAAGACAUAUUGUGGAAAACACUCGCAGACCUGCGAAAAGGAUCAAAUCGAGAAAGAAGCUAAGGAUAAAAAAGAGAAGGAAAAACGAGAAAAAAAGAAGAAGAAGGAGGAAAAAAAAAAGAAGAAAGAAGAAAAGAAGAAGACGGAAGCAAAAGACAAUAGUAAAGAUAAGGCAGAUAAAAAGAAGAAAAAGAAGAAAGAAAAGCAAGAGCUUUGAAUGCCUUCGCCAUCUUGUCACCUGUUCUCACCCUCCAGAAGUGAUAUCCUCAAGAUCAAUUUUUGCCAUGUUUUGUUUUGUUUACUUGCCUAACCUUUAGUUAGCUAACGAAAUGUGUUGUCCACGAGAAAAAUGAACCAUUGAUGUCUGUUCAAUUUGCAUGUAUGUAUGUGCGUAACAAACACCAUGAUGUGCCUUCAUAGCGCCAUUUACACACGCUACGUCUGAUUUAGGUUUUCCUACGUUCUGAUCAUGAAAUAAAAUCCGGCUUUUUA